AUGGAAGGCCUGCCACACUCCGCAAAGCCGGCAUUGCCCAGCACAGAAGCAAACGAUGCACUUUCGCGUCGUCCAUCUCUGCUGCCGGCCUUCGAGCCGCUGUCUUCUUCGCCAGGCCUCCCGCGUCCAGCCAAACGCAAGCUCGACGAGGUAUUGGACGACAGAAAGUAUUAUCCUACACCUGUACCAACAUCUUCCACUGCUAUCUUACCCUCCUCACCUCCUUCGCGUCUGACGCGUCCGGGCCUCCAACGAGCCGUGUCCGCCCUCUCAGAACGCGCUCCAUUGGGCGACGUGCCCUCCCUCGACCUCCCAGCGAAUGGCGAGCCUAUGCUCAUGGGACGCUCGAGCAAUUCCUCCGACUACCAACUCUCUGCAAACCGUCACAUCUCACGCGUCCACGUGCGUGCCUCGUAUAUGCCUCCAGACGAAGUAUACCCAAACGGCAAGGUGGAGGUGGAAUGCUUGGGCUGGAAUGGAGCAAAAGUACACUGCCGUGGAGAGAUUGUCGAGUUGGCAAAGGGAGAAUUGUUUGAAUCGGGGAAACCAAUGAGCCAGAUUAUUGUCGACGUGCAGGAUACGCGUGUGAUGCUCAAUUGGCCAAAAGAGGACUCGCGUGACCCUCCCUCCAUCGAGUCGCGGUCGCCGUGGAUGGCUAACUCGCCGUCGAGACGUGAGACUGUGUUGGCACCACAAUUCGCAUCCAGUCCACCGGCCUUGCUGCCGCCGCGUCCGGCCUCACCGGUCUCGCCCACCCCGGGGCUCUAUGGCCUCAACUUCAACGUCGGAGUCGACACAACCUUCACCUCCACCUUCCGGGCUGAUGACGAGCCCGUCAAAGUAUACCAGGACCAUGACUCUGACGAGGACGCACCCCAUGAUCCAACUCCCGAGCCCGAUUGUGUCGGCACCCCAACUCCUAAGCGCCCUUCGACUGCCCCAACGCGUGAUGUCAAACAAUCCAUGGCCAGUCUGGCAUCCGAGCAAGAAGAGCUCUCUGAGCACGAUGAGGAGAAUGACCCAAUCGUCCACUCGUUCGGGCCAUUUGGUGACAACAUCAUGUCGCGCUUCCAGUCAUUCCAAUCCAGCUCGCCGGAGCGGAAUCGGAAGCCGCUCAAGUCCACCUUCAACUCCCCUGGGCGCAGUGCCUCGGCGCCCCAGGUCAGCCAAAGCCCUGUUAAGAACCAUGUCAUCAACCAGCUCGCGUUUUCUCGCAUCCACGCACUGCCGCUGUCCACUAUCCACAGCAAUUUGCCUGCAGAGCUUCGUGGUGCCAUGGCAAAGCCCUCUGACAACGAGAAUCCGAAGGUACUGUCGACUUCCGAGCUAAAGACAAUCUUGGAUGGCAUUCCAUGUGUCGGCGAGAUCUCUCGUGAGGGCAAAGACGCUGCCGGCAAGCUGCUGGAGAGCGAAUUCUACUACGUCCCCGAGAUGGAUGUUGAUGCUAACCGCCGGGAUACGGUGAUGCAAAGCCUAGGUAAAACCGGCAUUCGCGCUGCUAGAAAGCAGCACAAGGUAUGAUGUCGUCGCUUCCUGUAUCUCGCCGUCCCGACUGACACCAGACCAGCAAUACUACUGGAAGCGACCUCGUUAUUGA